UGGACACGAGGGCCAAUAGGCGGUGGCGACAGUGCAGAGUGUGGUUGCCAGGGGGCGGGGCCCGGAUGCCUGCCAGGCUUGCCACCCUAGCAGCGGAGUCGGGGAUUGUGGACGUGGUCGCCACUUCCUGAGCUGCGGGGAUGGAGGCGUCGCGCUGCCGACUCGGACCCCGCGGGGACAGUGCCUUUGAAGAUGAGACAAUGAAGCUUCGACAGCUGAAACUAGAUAAUCAGAGAGCACUGCUGGAGAAGAAGCAGAGAAAAAAGCGCCUUGAGCCACUCAUGGUACAGCCAAAUCCAGAAGCAAGGCUACGUCGAUCAAAGCCAAGAGGUAGCGAGGAGCAAACUCCUUUGGUGGAACCUCAUACCCCACAGAAUGAUGUCAUCCUACAUGGCAUUGAUGGUCCAGCUGCCUUUUUGAAGCCAGAUGCUCAAGAUUUGGAAACCAAACUUCAUGUUCUUUCAGUAGGCUCUUCUGCUACAGAAGAGGAUACCGAAGGAAGUGUUGAUGGGGAAAGCACUAUGGAUACUGCGCCUAAGCCAGAUCUCCAGGAGAUUCUCCAAAAACAUGGUAUCUCAGGUAGUUUGAACUUUGAUGAAGAGGAGACUGAUGGGGAAGAAGAAGGAAAGAAAUUAUGUCAUUCGCCAUAUUCAGAUGCAGAGAGACCCAAUUCUGCAUCCAGCCAGAAAUCAACCACAGAUACAGGAGCUUAUGGUACUGCAGCCCAACAAAGUGAUAACCAGCUGGGAGAAGUGGAGAAUUUGGAGGACUUUGCAUAUAGUCCUGCCCCUCGGGGUAUUACAGUAAAGUGUCGGAUAACCAGGGAUAAAAAAGGAAUGGAUCGGGGUCUCUUCCCCACUUACUAUAUGCACUUGGAAAAAGAUGAAAAUCGGAAGAUAUUUCUUCUUGCAGGUAGAAAGCGGAAAAAGAGCAAAACAUCCAACUAUCUUAUCUCCACUGAUCCAACAGAUUUAUCUCGUGAAGGGGAAAGUUACAUUGGCAAACUCAGAUCCAACCUCAUGGGGACCAAGUUUACAGUUUACGAUCACGGUGUCAGCCCAGCCAAGGCCCAGGGUCUGGUAGAGAAGGCCUAUACCCGGCAGGAGCUGGCAGCCAUCUGUUACGAAACAAAUGUACUUGGAUUUAAAGGUCCUAGGAAAAUGUCUGUGAUCAUUCCAGGAAUGAAUAUGAAUCAUGAACGGAUCCCAUUUCGGCCACGAAAUGACCACGAGAGCUUGCUUUCCAAAUGGCAGAACAAAACCAUGGAAAACUUGAUUGAACUGCACAACAAGUCCCCAGUCUGGAAUGACGACACACAGUCUUAUGUCCUGAACUUCCACGGCCGGGUCACUCAGGCAUCUGUGAAGAACUUUCAGAUAGUCCACGAGAAUGACCCUGACUACAUAGUCAUGCAGUUUGGACGUGUGGCAGAUGAUGUGUUCACCCUGGACUACAACUACCCACUGUGUGCACUUCAGGCCUUUGCCAUUGGACUUUCCAGCUUUGACAGCAAGCUAGCAUGUGAAUAAGAGAAAGAAAAAGGGCUGAGUUUUCUCACUCACA